CAACCCCCAACCCCACCUAUUAUUAUGAUCGCUUCCCCCCUCCCGCCCUAACACCCACCCCCACCCCACCCACUAGGUUGGUCGCUGCAGCAGGAGCGAAGCCUGCGCGCGCUGAGAAGCUGAACCCGGACAGGCGAGCGGGCAGGUGGUGGCGCGAGCUUCCCGGGUCUCCGCCCGCCCGCGCCUGCUGCCUGCUGCCUGGCUCGCUUUGCUGCCUGCCAGCCUCUGCCCGCCCGCCCGCCCGCUCGCCCCCCAGGCAGGCGCCGCCGCCGCCGCUUUCCCUUUCUGUUCUCUUCUCCGCUUGGAAGCGAAAGGAGGGCGCGCGAGCGAGGAGAGGGAUCCGCAGAGAGGGCGCCUGGAGAGGAAUCAUGGAAGGAGCCUCCUUUGGAGCCGGCAGGGCAGGCGCGGCGGUGGAUCCCUUGGAGUUCCUCCGGCGGCCUCAGACGAUCCUGAGGAUCAUUUCGGGGGUAAGCCUCGCACCCCAAGCCACCCCCUCCCUUCGCCACUAGACCCACGCCUCGCGUGGCCUUUCAGAGCCCUCCAAAGGUCAACAAGCCUUGGCGUCGUCUGCUGCGCCCCUCCACCAUAUUAGGGGGGGGGGCGUUAUUCCAAUUUAUUAUUUUUAUGUUGCAGACAUUGUGCAUGCAGGAGAAGCAACGCUCAGGUGCGGUGGGCGGAAUGACCUUUUUAUUUUUGGCGUGUCGGUUUGAAGAAAAGAAAGAUGACUCUGCAUCGUCUGGCGUGUUUGUGGGUUAAUGGUGGUGUGGUAUGGCAGCUUCUCGGUUUAUUUCUGGAGUGCCUAAAGAAUCCCCACCUCUUUAAAUGUCAUUAAUUCACCCCCCCCACACACACACACAAAAGGGGAGGGGGGAAUGCAUGUGUGCCUUGAAGGAAAAGUCUGCUCCCCCACCUAAUUUUCUCCUACCCGCCCCCCUCGCUCUGGUCAGGUUGUCUCUUUACAGCCCCUCUAGGAGAUAUAGAUCUACCCCCUCCCCAUGCUGCCAAUCUGCUCUUUUGCUACCUGGCUUUGCAACAGAAGGUGUGGAAAGACUUCUCUCUCUGCUCUUUUCUGGAUCUGAAGCCCACAGCCGAAGGUGUGUGUGUUUGGGACUGAAAAACCGUUCUGCCAGGAGACAUUUUUUCUCUCUCCCCCCCCCCCCCGCCACCUGCCUUGGUGGAAAAAAAGCAAGCAUGGCUGAAUCCACCUGCAAGGCCUUCCCUUGUUGGAGGGAUGAGUGUGGAAUGAUGUCACGCUUCCUUCUGCUGUGUUUGUCUUUCUUUUUCUCUCUCUUCCUGCCUUCUUGGAAGCGAGAGAUGAUGGCAGCAGCACCACCACGGCUGCCCACUUUGAUGGCUGCUGGGUGACCGUUCUGGCUGCUCUCCUGGAAGGCGACAGCAAGAUGGGCUCGGUUCAAAGGAGGGGCAGAAUCAUCUCUUGCUCACAGCCCCUUUUUGCUGUGGCUGAGCCUUGUGGCUUGGUGGUGUGGAAGGCAACAACACUCUCAUUUUUUCAUGUAUGUGUGUAUACAAUGGGUGUGUUGUUAUUUUGUUGGUAUUAUAAUAUCAGGGGCUUGUUGGGCUUUUGGAGGGUUCUCGGUGCCACCUCGACUAUGCUGCUCACAAAUGAUUAAAUGUAAGAUAGGAAACCACCCUACAUUAAGGUUAACUCUUUGCGCUCUUUUUGCUCAGUAUUGUCUACACUAACCAGCAGAAGCUCUCGGGGGGGUUCAGACUAGAGAGCCACCAUGGCAUAGUGGUUAGAGUGUUGGACUAGGACUUGGGAGACCUGGGCUUGGAUCCCCACUCUGCCAUGAAGCUCACUUGGUGAUUUGGGGGCAGUUUCUGACUCUCAGCUUAGCCUCCUUUGCAGGGUGGUUGUGAGGAUUAGAUGAGGAGGGAUAAGCAUUUACACCACCCGGAGCUCUUUGGAGAAAAAGCUGAAUAUAGAAAAAAAUAAAAAUUACCAAGGGAUGCUGGAGAUUGAAUUUUCUGCAUGCAAAGCAAGUGCUCUACCACUGAUGUUUCUGUAUGCAACUACUGAUCAGUAGUCCUUUCCCCCAAAAGUAAAGUUUUCAGUCCUCUUGGUCUGAAUAAAGGGCUGAUUUGAAUAACAACCCAGGAAGCAUUGCCUAGAUUGACCAUCAGCUUCUGUCCAGGAUUUCCGACAUGGUGUCUAUCAAAGCUAUACCUGGAGAUGCCACUGGGGAUUGAACCAGGGACCUUCUGCAUGCAAAGCAGAUGCUCAGCCACUCAGCUACAGCCAGGACCAGCCCGCUUGUGUGUGGUGGACUGAGGCAGCUGCCUAAGGCAGGGGAAUCCCAUGGCCCACCCCUGCCGCUGCUACCAGAGUUUUGCGAGAUCUCACUGGAAGCAGCCACGUGACCCCAGAAAGCUAGGCCUUGAUGGACAGGCAGCAGCAGGGGCAGCCCCUUUCAAAGGAAUAUGGAGGUGAUCAGGCCUCUGUGUAAUUAGUUUUGGGAUUGCUCAAGGGGGCUGUCCCCCCUCUGCCCCCAAUGCGGAGGAGUAGAACAGACUGACUGUGGCUAGAAGAGUUUAUGAUAUUCACAACUUUGUAGGUGGCUAUUGAGUACCUUCCGUAUGGGGUGUUUCACUCUCCAGCCUAUUGAAUUAUGAUUCUCCCGAUUUAGGACCAAUCAGUACUAUAGAAUUAGAUUUAUUUAUCAUUUAUAUAGAUGGGAUUUUUGUUUAGAUUCUGCUCUCCUGGUGCACAACACCCCACUCAGGGCAGUUAACAACAAUCCAACCCUAAAAUGCAAUGGAAUUCCAAAUCAAGCAACAGCAAUUUAAUAAAAUCAGAGACAAACACAACAGAUAAAAUAAAAAACCAAUAGAGCAAACAUCCACCUAAACAAGGAGGUUUCUGGCAUCUGGCAGCCUUUGCCAAGCUGGCACUCUCCAGACAUUUUGGACUACAACCCCCAUCAUCCCCAGCCGGCACGGCCUUAUGGUACUGGGACUGAUGGCAGCCAAAGGCCCAAACAUCUGGAAGGCACCAGAUUGGCAAACACUGAUCUGGAGGAAGCCUUUGCCCAUGUAAGACAAUAAUAAACAUUGAAACUACCAUAUGAGCAUCCCCAGAAUGCCUUCCCUAGGUAUCUACAUUAGCCUGAUUUCCAGCCAGGUAGCCAAAUUAGUCCGUAGCAGCAAAAAAUAAGCUUGUGGCACCUUAAAGACUAAAAAUGGUUUAUUACGGUCUGAGCUUUUGUGGCAUCACCUUCAUCAGAUGCACAAAGUGUUGGCAGGUAUAUAUAGCUACCUCUCUACAUUGUUACACGGGGAAAAACAUGAAUCACCUCCUUGACUUCAGUCUCUUUCAGGAAAUCCUUGACACACAUCAGUGCAUGGAAAUGUUCAUAAUAUCACUUAACACAGAUUCAUAAUCCUUUCAGAAACCCUUCUGAAAACUGGUGCCCUCCAGAUAGGAACACAGGAAGCUGCUUUGAUACCAAGUCAGACCAUUGGUCCGUCUAGUGUAUUGUCUACACUGACUGACAGCAGCUCAGCAUGAUGGCCUCUUGGCCCUACCUGGAGAUGCCAGAGAUGGAAGCUGGGAUGUUCUACAUGCAAAGCAGAUGUGCUGAUGGGAGUUGUAGCCUCAAAUGGCCAUGCUGAAUGGAGCUGGUGGGAAUUGCAGUCCAAAACAUCUGGUUGGGGGGGCACGAGGCUGACAAAGAUUGCUCCAAGACAUUAAUUCACUUAUUUAUGCAGAUAUAGUGUGUGGAAGUGACAGCUGAAGGAGGCUCCUGUUCCCCUGCGGCAGCUACAAUUCCCAAAGUGGUUUAACAAUCGAUCUCCCUUCCCAAAUCUGGGAACUGGAGCUCUGUGAAGGGAAUAUAGAGGUCCCCUAACAACUCUUAGCAAACUACAGCUCCCAGAAUUCUUUGUAGGAAGCCAUGACUGUUCAAAGUUACAGUACAGUGCUUUAUAUGUAUAGUGCCAAUGUGGCCGAUGUCCUCGAAGAGGGGUUGCUAACCUGUGGGCCUCCAUAUGUUGGCUGGACUACAACUCCCAUCAUCUCUGAUCGCUGGCAAUGUGGGCUGCUGGGAAUUGCAGUCCCAACAUUGUCCAGAGGGCAACAGGUUAAGCCACCCCAGGGUGUCCCAGAAGGACUUUGCUGUAAUUUUGUGUCAGGGUUGCAGUGAAAUCAUCCCAGGGUGCUUUUCACCCUGUUUUUGGAUAGGAGGUUGAGAUCUUCAGACCCUGCCUUGGAGCAAGAACUGUCUUCCCUGAGCAUUAGCUUAAACCACUAAUGGGUUUCACUUUCAUUGGAGGGAAUGGCAGCUCUCUUGAACAUGUUGUUCUUUCGAUAUAGCGAGGCUUCCUGAAAUCUCAUAAGAGCUGGAAAGUCCUGGGAUGUUUCCUCAUUCCAACCCAGUUUGCUUUGUGGUGACAGUUUGCAUUCUGCUUUUCCUGCAGUCCUGGUUUGCAAUGUGAAAAUAAACCUUUCACUUAGAAAAAAAAGAAGAAGGGGGCUUUUUACCAACUGAAAUAAAAUACAAGUAUGGCCUUGUUUUACACGAUUGGAGGAAGCAAUGUGGUUGAAACCACGUGAACUCUAGUCAGACAUUGAUAUGAGUGUUUGAUACAUAGGGGGUGAUACCAAAUGUUAGUUGUACUCAGAGCAGACCCAGUGAAAUCAAUGAAAUCAGAUAUCUUGAGGCUGGUGAUAGUAAUCUGUCUGUUCUAUGACUUAGUGGGAUAGCACCCAUAGAAUCUGGCCCUCUCUGCUACUGCUUGUCCACCCGCUGACCUCUAAGUAUCCUUUUGCAUGGUACUUCCUGCCAGUAGUAUGGAGGGGUGAAUCUCUCUGUUUUGUUUUCUCUCUCAUUUUUCCAAUCUUUGGCUCUCCAGGUUUCCAUACACAUGUUUGUUAGAGUCAUGGUUAGUGCAGAGUCUCUCAAACUUCAGACCCCUGCUGUUGCUGGACUUCAACUCCCAUCACCCCUGACUACUGGCCCUGCUAGCUAAGGAUGAUGGGAGUUGUAGUCCAGCAAUAGCUGGGGACCCAAGAUUGAGAAACACUGGGUUUGUGUUAUGUGCAAACCCUUCUAAGUGGCUGAGCUAUGGUUUGUCUGCUAACAACAAACUGUGAUGUGAAGCCAUGGUUUGUUGUUAGCUUACGAACCUUGGUUUUUUGCUUUGCAGAAUUUGGAUGGCACCACAUUGUUUGCUGGGACGCGGGUGGCGCUGUGGGUAAAACCUCAGUGCCUAGGACUUGCUGAUCGUAAGGUCGGCGGUUCGAAUCCCUGCGGCGGGGUGAGCUCCCGUCGUUCGGUCCCAGCUCCUGCCCACCUAGCAGUUCGAAAGCACUCCUAAGUGCAAGUAGAUAAAUAGGUACCGUUUUAUAGCGGGAAGGUAAAAGGCGUUUCCUGUGCGGCGCUGGUGCUGGUUCGCCAGCUGCAGCUUCGUCACGCUGGCCACGUGACCCGGAAGUGUCUUCGGACGGUGCCGGCUCCCAGCCUCUUGAGCGAGAUGAGCGCGCAACCCUAGAGUCGGUCACGACUGGCCCGUACGGGCAGGGGUACCUUUACCUUUACCUUACUUUGUUUGCUGGGAAAUUAGACAAUGUUGAUUGCCAUACAGCUACCCUGCAAACAAAUCUGGGAUUUCUGCAUGACAGGGGUUGGGCUAAAUGACCCUUUGGGUCCCUUCCCAACUCUACAAUUCUGUGAAAUCGGUAUGAAUUCUCAGGCUGUGUCCACACUCACUUUACAUUAUGUAUGUACCGUGUUUCCAGGGCUGUUUUUUCCAUCCUUGUUCACCUGACAUUAUCCAGAAUGCAUACGUGCCCUGUACUUCAUUAGGAAAUACUACUAUUUGAUCAUUGUUUCUCAAACUAGUUUCACACCUAUUAAGAGACCUUAAUCUAUUCCUAAUCUCCAGCCAAGGUGUGAACAGCCCCCGCUCUGUGUUCAAAUGAAUCUAACACUAAUGGAGCUGUGCUGAUGUGAACGGCUGUGCUGAGGGAGCUGUGAAAUGCACAACGCCCCGCCCCCGAACUUAUCUAUGCUCAAAGGCAGUCAUGUGAACACAUCCGUAGUCUAACCACCAAUUAAGCUUUGUGCACAGCGUGGAGAAGGUGGAUCGAGAAAAGUUUUUCUCCUUCUCUCCUAACACUGGAAUAUGUGGGGAUCCGAUGAAGCUGAACGUUGGAAGAUUCAGCACAGAUAAAAAAUGGUAAAGGUAAAGGACCCCUGACAAUUAAGUCCAGUCGCAGACAACUCUGGAUUGUGGCGCUCAUCUCGCUUUAUAGGCUGAGGGAGCCAACAUUUGUCCGCAGACAGUUUUUCCUGGUCAUGUGGCCAGCAUGACUAAGCUGCUUCUGGCGAAACCAGAGCAGCGCAUGGAAAUGCCAUUUACCUUCCCGCCGGAGCGGUACCUAUUUAUCUACUUGCAUUUUUGGCGUGCUUUCAAACUGCUAGGUUGGUAGGAGCUGGGACCGAGCAACGGGAGCUCAACCCGUUGUGGGGAUUCGUACCACCAACCUUCUGAUCGGCAAGCCCAAGAGGCUCAGUGGUUUAGACCACAGUGCCACCUGCGUCCCUCAGCUCAGAUAAAAGAAAGCCCUUAUUCAGGCAGCGCAUAGUUAACCUAUGGAACUCCCUUCUACAGGAGGCAGUGAUGGCCAUGUACCUAGAUGGCUUUAAAAGAUGGAAGAGGUGGUCAUUGACAGCUACUGGCCAUGAUAGUGGCUCCUCCUCAACAACAACACUCCUGAAUCCCAGUUCCUGGAAACCACAGGAGGGGGGAGAGGGCUCUUGUGCUUGAAUCCUGCUUGUGGGUUUGUCGCACAUCUAGCUGGCCACCAUGGUAACAGGUUACUGGACUAGGUGUUUCCCCCUUUGGCCGGAUCCAGCACUGCAGGGCUCUUCUGAUGUUCCCAAGGGUUGCUCUCCCUCCCUCGUCAAAGGCAGCCAUGCUUCUGAAUACCAGUUGCUGGAAAAGGCAGGAGGGGAGAAUGCUCACAUCCUGCUUGCAUUCUUCCCUCGGGCAUCUGGUUGGCCACUGUGAGAAGAGGUUGCUGGAGUAGAUGGGCCUUUGUCCUGAUCUUGCAGCCUCAUAUGUUCUUAGGACUGGCACCUUUCCUCUGCCAACCAGCAGCAAAUAAUGGGCAGCAACCGAGGGGCCUGGCCAGGCAGGGAGUUGCUCCCUUAUUUGUCCUCUGAUACUUGACGAUAAAGAAAAGCAGACAGUUCCACCCAUUAGGAGAAUUGCUUUUCCUUCCCCCGCUGCUGUCUGAGCGAGUUUGUUUUGUGUUUUAAGUAUCAUCGAGGGUGUUUUUAUCUCCCUGGGGGUUGUGUUCAGUACAAGAUGUUUCUAGGUGGUGGGGGCGGUGGACUGGGGGUGGGGAGAAGCAGGGCUGGAGCUUGAACAGAUGGGCAGCAAAACCAGGCAUCUACGCCAGCCAGCCACAUUGUCAUAGAAUCAUGGAGCUGCGGAGUUGGAAGGGACUCCAAAGGGUCAUUUAGCCCAACCCACUGCAAUGCAGGAAUCGCAGCUUAAAAAUCCCUCACAAAUGACCAUCCAAUUUAUGUUCAAAAGCCUCCAAGGAAGGAGAGUCCACCACCUUCCUAGGGAGUCUGUUCCACUGUUGAGCAGCUCCUAACCCUCAGAAAGUCAGAACCUCCUUUCUUGUCCUUUGAAUCCGUUGGUUUGGGUCUUACCCUCUGGAGCAGCAGAAAACAAUUUCCCCUUUCUCCUCCAUUUUGAGGAGAGAGGGGUGGGAUCCAAUCCGCAUCAGUGCCUUAUCCAGGCAAAGUUUUUCCAUCCUGAAUUGUGCCUUGAAUCAUGGACACGUAUUUGAACUGCUGAGAGCUUUGAUUUUAAAGGAAUAAGCAUCUAGUCGUCGUCUUUGCUUGUGAUGCAGUUUAGAAAACGGGUGGAAAUCAAGUGGGUCGUGGGACCACAAUUGAGAGAGAGAAUAAGGGAAUAGUGUGGGAUGGGGGGAAAUGAAGCAUUGAAGGAAGGGCACUUGAGGAACUUGGAGAAGUGACAAAGCAUCUGCUGUGCAUGUAGAAGGCCCUAGGUUCGAUCCCUAAGAUAUCCAGGCAGGGCUAGGAAUGAUUCCAGUUUGAUACCUGCAGGGCUGCUGCCAGUCAGUGCAGACAACACUGAGCUAGCUGGACCAGUGGUCCGACUCAGGAUAAGGCAGAGCUUCCUAUGAGGUGUCUGCAAAUUGGAUUUGUGUUUGACUGGCUUUGCGCUUGAGGAAGCCGGGGUUGAAUUUUUCUAGCAGUGAGCCAUUAGGAUGACUUUGUCAGCUUCGGUUUGUUUUGCUAUUUUGCAGACUGAGGAAAAAGGAGCAAGUACAGGCAGCACAGUCCUCUAGGAAGGAGCCCUGCCUUCCCUAGAGCUCUUCCAGAUGACUGGCUUAUUGAGUUCCUGAUGCAUUCGUAGAAAACUUACAUGGAGGCUCAGAGUUGCCUCCAGUUUUACUGAGCGUUUCUGCUGAUUUGAUUGCAAGAACGUUAUCAGAGCAUUUAUUCCAAUUUGCUCAUGGGGUGUUAUUUAUUUAUAUAUUUUAUUUAUUGAAUUUAUAUCCCACCCCCAAGGAACUCAGGGUGGCAAACAGGCAAUUUAAAAACAAAGCAGGAACGUUCUAAAACAGAAUAAAGCAUUCCAGCAACAAUUACGGUUAAAAACAUCUAAAAGCAGUUGCAGUUAGAAAGGAGUUACAAUUACCUUCAAAAGCAUUUUUUUUAAUUGAAAAAUGUAAAAAGGUUAAGAAAAAUAAAUCAAAAAGCAAUUACAAGUACAGUGGUACCACGGUUUACAAACUUAAUCCGUUCCGGAAGUCCAUUCUUUAACCAAAGCGUUUGUAAACAGGACUGUUCUUAAACCGAGGUACCAUUGUAAAGACAUUAUACCAUCCAGUGAUUUUGAGGUUGACAGGAACAGCGUUCUUCAGCUGCCACCAAAUUCCUGAGUAAACCGGAAUGUUUUCAAACUCCUCCUGAAAGUGAAUAAUGAUGGAGACAGGUGUGCAUCACUAGGGAAGGCAUUCUGCAACCCGGGAACCACUACUGAAAAGGCCCUGUUGCUGGUCAGGAAAAACCAGGCAGCCCCUGGUGUCAGCACUAAUAGCCUCACCUGCUGAUAGUAGUUUAAUGAGUAUUCUUCCUGAUUUGCUCAUAGGGUGUUUUGACACCUUUCCUAACGAUCCCUACUGCCACAGAUCAUGUGCAGCAGCCGCUGACUUAACAUGAAUUGUUCCCACUAAGGCCACAUUCACACCCUACAUUGAAAACACUGGGAUGCACAGUCUCUUCUUUACCAAAAGAAUCCUGGGAGUUGCAGUUUUUUAAGGGUACUAAGAGUUGUUAGGAAGCCCCUAAUUUCCCUCCUACAAUUUCCAGAGUGGUUUAACAAUCAAUCCCUCUUUGCAGGGAUCUCUGGGAUUUGUAGCUCAUGGAAAGGAAUUGGGGAAGGAGCACCUAACAACUCUGCACCCUUAACAAACUACAGCUCCCAGAAUUCUUUGGGUCAAGUUAUGACUGUUGAAAGUGGUAUCAUAGUGCUUUAAAUGUGUGCUGUGAUUGUGGCCAAGCUCUCCCCAGAAUAGUUAAAAUUCCAAUGGAAAGUUAUUCAUCCUAGAAAAUGCAAUAUUUUUGUCUUAGAAUAUCAGAACUACUUGGUAGUUUGUUGUUUUUUAAUGCAGAAUUUAGGAUAAAAAAUAGGCUUUGCAGAUUCCUGGAUGGACAGAGCACCCGCCCCACUAUGUUCAUGUGCCAUUAAAAGUUCUCAUGUGGUCAUCUUGGCACAGAAAAUUUAUCUCUUGUGCCUCUUUAAAUAUUUUCAGCUGCUUCCUAGAUUUUGUAACUUAAAAGUGGAUAAGUGAGUUAUAUUAACAUGCUCAUGUGCUUCUUAUUGAACAUGAUUUGGAUCAUGUUACCAUGUUGGGAUGAUGCAUUUUCUGCAUGCAAAAUUGGCAUUUUAAUGCUGCUUACCCCGCUGGAGCUGAUGGGCUGGGCUGACACCUGAGCUGUGACUCACAACGUUCUUAUUAUUAUUUCUGUUGUUAUUAUUACAAUUGUCAGUCACUUUAUGCAGAGGAAAACAUUUCAAAAAGGCUUGCCCAGAUAAAAUAAAUAAAAGCAGUUUAAAACCAGAACACUGGCCUCUUCCAGUUCCUAAUUUGACACUCUGACUGCUACUGGCCUGCCUUGCAUGUUUGUUGUAAAGUUUUGUUUUGGCAUCAUGUCCAUGAUAAGCAUUGCAGCUUCGCAUUCCCCUACAGCUGUAGUCUGUCCCUUAACUAGGAACCUCAGAACGUAGGAAGCUGGCUCAUACUGAGUAAAACCACUGACCCAUCUCGCUCAGUACUGUCUACACCAGGGGUCCCCAAACUACGGUCUGCGGGCUGGAUCCGGCCCACCAGGCUCGUAAAUCCGCUCCGCCAGCCGAACUCUGUGAUGGGUUUACCUCAGCGCGCGUAGACCGUUCUUUUUAACGGAAACAUCUCGCAUUGCUGGAUUUACCUCAGUGCGUGGCGAGGCUUCCGAUUGGCUGCAGGAAGCUCCGUCCCCGCGCGACGAGGCUUCCUGCAGCCAAUUGGAAGCCGCCCGCUCAGCCUCCUGGCAAGGAGGAACUCUGGCAAGAGGAAUCUAAGGGGAAAGGAUUUUCCUCUGGAGCACAUGAGAACUUUUGGACUUUACCCAGGUGGGUGGGGUGCUGCUAUCACCAUGUACAAGUUAGUUUAGUAUGGGGCAAGGCAGAAGAAAAGGCUGAUGUGAGAGAGGAGCAAUGUCCAGCUGGCAUGCUACCUGCUAGAGCUGGCUUAUCAGCAGAGGCGUACCUAGGCUCCCUUUUGCCCUUGGCAAGGAGAUGUAUCGGUCCCUUGCAUCCUUGCCAGAGGAGCUGAGCCAGAAUGUUGUUGUUGAUGUUUAGUCGUUUAGUUGUGUCUGACUCCUCGUGACCCCAUGGACCAGAGCAUGCCAGGCACUCCUGUCUUCCACUGACUCCCGCAGUUUGGUCAAACUCAUGCUGGUAGCUUCUAGAACACUGACCAACCAUCUCGUCCUCUGUCGUCCCCUUCUCCUUGUGCCCUCCAUCUUUCCCAACAUCAGGGUCUUUUCCAGGGAGUCUUCUCUUCUCAUGAGGUGGCCAAAGUACUGGAGCCUCAGCUUUAGGAUCUGUCCUUCCAGUGAGCACUCAGGGCUGAUUUCCUUAAGAAUGGAGAGGUUUGAUCUUCUUGCAGUCCAUAGGACUCUCAAGAGCCUCCUCCAGCACCAUAAUUCAAAAGCAUCAAUUCUUCGGCAAUCAGCCUUCUUUAUGGUCCAGCUCUCACUUCCAUACAUCACUACUGGGAAAACCAUAGCUUUAACUAUACGGACCUUUGUUGGCAAGGUGAUGUCUCUGCUUUUUAAGAUCCAGAAUAGAGAGGUGCAGUUUUUGCGCUCCUGUGGGUCUGUGCCUUUUACUGGGACCAGCCCCUGGGUACACCCCUGCUUUUUAGGCAACGUAAAAGGGAAGGAUUGGUCUCAUUGGUUCCCAGAGGUGGGAGCUGGGGGCAGAAAGAGCUCAUUGACCUGUUCAAGUCCCACAAGCUCUUCCUUCCCAUUCAUUCACUGUUUUUCCUAGGCAUCUGAAAUGUGAAUGUGAACAUGUUACCCUAUUCCAGGGCUCAAACUCACCUUCUAUGUCUGUGGCUUCUUUUGUCUGGCCCCUUCCUUUUUACUACUGACCCCUCCUGGGUGUGUCUUGAACCCUCAUCCAGGAGGGCUGCAUAUGGUCUUUGCAGGCAUUCUGCUCAGAUAGCUAUGUAGUAAGAGGCCUUAUGCUGAGAUAUGCUCCUUUCCUUAAGAAUGCUGUGCUACAAAACUGUGGCUGUGAACAGAUAAGGGCAUUUGAACCCCUUCCUGAAGAGGUUGGCAGAAUGAGGUGGUGCAGGGGUGUGUACUAGGAUUCCACCCCUGUGGUCAUGAGUUCAAUUGGAUCUCUGGACUUCCAGUGGUGCAGUCCAGUUGGUGGUUUUCAAGGAGAAUUGGGGGUGGGUGUAUUCCAUUUUUAGUUUCUGCAUUUUCUCAUCUCCCUGGGCUACAUACAUAUCAUGCAGCAGCAUAUCUACCCCCCCCACCAGCGCAUAACUGGUAUGUAGAAUUACUCUCUAAAAGCUCGCUAUAGCUAAUAGCAGCUUUUAGAAUUGAAAUACUUAUAAGUUUAUGUUGAGUAAAAUCAUUCUUCAUUUUAAAUAUUGUAUUAUUUUUCCUGGUUUGUUUGUUUUUUUGCACUACAAAUAAAACAUAUGCAGUGUGCAUAGGAAUUUGUUCAUUUUUUUUCCUCUUCAAAUUAUACUCUGGCCCCCAACAGUGUCUGAGGGACAGUGAACCGGCCCCCUGUUUAAAAAGUUUGGGGACCCCUGGUCUACACUGACUGGCAGUGGCUCUCCAGGAUUUCUGUCAGCAGUCUCUCCCAGCCCUACUUGGAGAGGCUGGGGAAUGAACCUGGGACCUUCUGCGUCCAAAGCACACACACUGCCUCUGAGCUAUGGCUCAUCCCCAAGAGCCAACUGGCAGGCCCCUUAAUGUUCAAUUGCUCUUAAAAGUCUCUGUUGAUGAAUUGAUGCUUGUGCUGGUAACACUUUGCCUUUUUUCUAUGCUUUACUACCUUUCUGGACUUCAUCCUGGUGGUAGUUUUAGUUCGUGGAACUCCCUCCCAUCAGAUGUCAAGGAAAUAAACAACUACAGUGGUACCUUGGUUCUCGAACUUAAUCCUUUCUGGGAGUCCGUUCGACUCCCGAAAUGGUUCAAAAACCAAGGUGCUUCUUCUGAUUGGUUGCAAGAGCUUCCUGCACUCAAUCGGAAGCUGUGUCGGAUGUUUGGCUUCAGAAAAACGUUCACAAACCGGAACACUUACUUCUGGGUUUGCGGUGUUCGGGAGCUGAUUUGUUUGGGAGCCAGGCCGUUCGAAUACCAAGGUACCACUGUGUCUGACUUUUUGAAAAAAUCUGAAGGCGGCAGCCCUGUUUAGGGAAGUUUUUAAUGUUUGAUGUUUUAUUGUGUUUUUAAUAUUCUGUUGGGAGCCACCCAGAGUGGCUGGGGAGGCCUGGCCAGAUGGGUGGGGUAUAACUAAUAAAUUGUUGUUGUUUUAUUGUACUUUUUUCUAAAUGUUACAGCAUUCAUUCAUUCAUUCAUUCAUUUAUCAUGAUGCCAUUAUAACAGAAAGGAUGUUGUUGGUGUUGGUGGUGUUGAGAGGCUUUCCCUGCCACCGCUAUUCCUCCCUUUGCAAGCUACCUCUUCCUUUUUCCAUUCUGUUGAAAUAACAGCCCCGCUAGUUUUCAUCAUAGCCCCAAUUCCUUUUGCAAGAGUAACGGCUCCGUAUUGAAGUCAUGGAUGUGUCAUGUGGACUAGAAUCCUCGUUAGCCUUCUGAUUCUCACGCAUAAGCAGUGCUGCAAUUCUGUAGAGGCACAUGAUGUGUCGCUGGAUGCAGAACCCAGCUUCCUGAUAAUCUGCACUUUUAUUUAUUUUAAAAGCAAACUUGUAGUACUCACAACGGCGGUGAAAAUAAACUUGAAAGAAGAGUAGGCAAUGACUGCCGAAUUCCUAGAACUUAUAUGUGUGUGUGCAACCUCCUUAUUCUUGUGAUUGUUGUUUGUUUCAAAGUGUUUUAAAUAUUGAAUUUCAAAUAGCUGUAAGUUGCCCCCGGGACCUUAGGGUGAAGGGAAGGGUAAAAAAAUAUCAAAUAAAACAGUGAUAUAAUGUUGUGAGUUGUGGGGGUGUGCGGUUAGCCUGCAUGAUGUCUGAAUCCAUUGCAAUUCUUGGGGUGCUGACUCCAGCAAGGGUUCAAACAUAAUGGAGGAUUCUGUCGUUGAACUAGCCAGCCAAGCUUGUUCCUGGGUUAAUCGCCUAAGCAUGGUUGUGUUAGUAUAACCAAGGAAGUGGCUUUGUUCCAGAGGGCAAAGGGGUGGGUCCCCUCCCUCACCUGGCUAGUGGUAAAGGUAAAGGGACCCCUGACCAUUAGGUCAAGUCAUGGCCGACUCUGGGGUUGCGGCGCUCAUCUCGAUUUAUUGGCCGAGGGAGCCGGCGUACAGCUUCCGGGUCAUGUGGCCAGCAUGACUCUGGCAAACCAGAGCAGCGCACGGAAACAGCGUUUACCUUCCCACCGGAGUGGUACCUAUUUAUGUACUUGCACUUUGACGUGCUUUUGAACUGCUAAGUUGGCAGGAGCUGGGACCGAGCAACGGGAGUUCACCCCGUUGCAGGGAUUCAAACCGCUGACCUUCUGAUUGGCAAGGCCUAGGCUCUGUGGUUUAACCCACAGCUCCACCCGUGUCCCCUGGCUGGUGGUAAGAGGGACAAAAGCCAGAGUUGAGUGUGUGACAGGGAGAGCUGGGCCAGAAGCAGGCAGAGCCAGAGAGUGAGAGCCAUGCCUGAUUUCUGUUGCAAUCCAGGGCUGUGACUGUGGGAGAAGCAAGACCUUCUGGGGAGUUAAUGCUGUGAGCCCCUCCAUUAUAUGCUCAGGUUGUAUAUAAGUGGAAACACCAGAUAACAUGAAGACACCACAGACUCCAUAAACCUCAUUCCCUGGUGCUCCCUGAAAUCUCACACGGCUCAGAGAUUGCGUACAGCUGUGCAAAAACUAUAUGAUACACUGUACUAUUGGGAGAUCGAUUAUAGACUACUCAGGCGCUUCUGCCACCUGAUUUUGAUCUACCUUCUGUCCACCAAUUGUUCUAGAAACUCUAUCUGAUGGUUAUCAGAAUUGCAAUAUAAAUACACAUAUAUUUUUUUUUAAAAAAAGCUUGAUGGUUAUAAAAUCCAGUUUUUACAUGUAAACAUUUUUUUUUAAAGGAUGCAGCAUCAAGUCUGGAUGCACCAGCCCUUUUGCAGGGCUAAGCAAAGCAAGCAAACAAAUAAUGUCAGUUUUCUAGGUAUUGCACCAAACGUUUUAAAACAAGAUCACCUGGGAGUCUUCCCUCUCCUGGAGAUAAAGAGUUGUAAGCACUCAAGCGCGUUGAAAAGUGCUAUUGAAAUUUGAAAGGCUGGUAAGAGGAUGAAAACACACUUCCGCUCAUCCUGCCGCCCAUUCAAAUGCCUCUUAACUCUUAGUCUUCAUGGCACACUCUGCUACCCUUGGGGAGGAGGAAGCACUAGGAGGGGAAAAAGAUCUGCGUGCACUCACAGUUUCCGGCUGUUCUGUGGAACAGAGGAAACAUCCUUCCAUAUACUGAGCCAUGCCAUUACUACAUCUAAUUCAGUUUUGUCUGCACUGAUGGUCAGCGGAUUUGCAGGGUUCUAGGCAGGGGGUACCCCCUACCUGGAGAUGCCAGGGACUGAGUGACCUUCUGCAUGCAGUGUAAAAAUAAAGUAAGAUUCUAGACCUCCUAGCUGAAUAAGGGCUAUAUUAAAUAAGAAAGUAGGAAGUUGCCUUAUAUAUAAAGGUAAAGGUAAAGGGACCCCUGACCAUUAGGUCCAGUCCUGACCGACUCUGGAGUUGCGGCGCUCAUCUCGCUUUAUUGGCCGAGGGAGCCGGCGUACAGCUUCCGGGUCAUGUGGCCAGCAUGACUAAGCCGCUUUUGGCGAACCAGAGCAGCGCACGGAAACACCGUUUACCUUCCCGCCGGAGUGGUACCUAUUUAUCUACUUGCACUUUUGAUGUGCUUUCGAACUGCUAGGUUGGCAGGAGCAGGGACCGAGCAACGGGAGCUCACCGCGUUGCGGGGAUUCGAACUGCCGACCUUCUGAACAGCAAGUCCUAGGCUCUGUGGUUUAACCCACAGCGCCACCCGCGUCCCCUUUAGCUCAAUAUACAGCUUUAGCUUCCCCAAAACAAUCCUGAUAACUGUAGCUUGUUCAAGGUGCUGAGGGUUAGUAGGAGACCCCUUAGUCCCCUCACUGACCUGCAAAUCUCAGAGUGGUUUAGCAUUUAAUCCCUCUUCCCUCUGGGAAUUGUAGUCGUGUGAGGGGUCUCUUAACCACUCCCAGCACACUUAACAAACUGCACCUCUCAGGAUUAACUGUGGUAUCCCAGUGCAUACACUCCAAUGUCCCGCUGAUGAAAGUCAGGACACGACUCGGCCCCUCAACACGCUUAAAACCCCGCCAACGUCUCCCUGCCCCUUCUCAGUGACACCCCCCCUUUCCCACUGGACACCUCAACAAAGGCCAUGCUCUGGCGGGUGCCAGUUGUUCCACCCCAGAGUAUGGAAGCCAGAACAGGACACCCCUGGAUCCAAUCAGAAGCAGAGAUGGGUUCUGUAAUUCCAGGAUAUCCCACUCAAAUCGGGACGGUUGAGAGUGGCAUGAGAGUGCUUUAUAGUGUACGUGGGAAGUAAGAUUCAGCACUCAAAGCACUGAGAAUGGUCCUCCCUUCAAGGCUAGAGAUAGGAGGAUGAGGGGAAGCGAAUUUCAGUUCUGGGGAGACCAGAUCUCCACCUGGUCUCUGUGCUGUGAGAGGGAUAGCUCUCUGUUACAAUUACUGUUGGGUUUACUAAAGGGUUUAAUUACUGCUGUUGGCUUGGAAAUGGUCAUUCAGUGCCUUAACUGCCGCCAGGCUCUGUGCAGCAGCAAACCAGAGUGAGAAGGAGAUUUCGCUCUGUCAAUUUCUGUUUUCUUUAAUGGCUUCUAAUGGAACAGAGUAAUAAUACUAUCUAAAAUAGCAAUGUAGUAGAAGGAGUAAUGAACAACAGUAGAUUGGAAUGACAAGAAGGGAGAUUCUGACUAAUCCUUCUGACAGUAAGAGCCAUUUGACAGUGGAACGGAUUCCUUUGGAAGGUGAUGGACUGUCCUUUAAAUAGAGGCUGGAUGGCAUUUUAGGCAAUUGGGCUAGAUGACCCUUGGGGCCAUCUCUUCCAACUCUGAUUCUGUGUUUAUAGAAAGAUGGGUUAUAGUUGUGACAUUUUGAAAUAAUAGCAUUCAACCUUACGGUUCCUUUGCUUUACCAAAAUCAUGCAUUAAAUAAUAAUAAUAAUAAUAAUAAUAAUAAUAAUAAUAGAUAAGCUGCCAUUUUGCAGCUUUACAGAGAACUCUUUCUUAUGGUCCCUCUGGCAAAGCAAGAAAGUGGCAAGGAUGUUUGGAGCCAAUGGGGUGGCAGGUGGAAAGGGUGCCCUCCACCCACUGACCCACUGGCCGUGAAACCCUGUGUGGCACUGAACCACCUCCAUUAUUCAUGCCGCACAAACAUGCCCUGCUUUUUGGCAGGCUGCGCAUGUUUCCCUUAAGUGGCUGUCAGUAUUUCCAGCAGCGAAGGGGGGUGGGUGGGAGGAAUAUGUUCCUGCAUUAUUUAUAAAUGAGAUUAAAAGAAAGAAAGAAAAAACCCAUCAUCACAAAGUGCUGAAGAUUACACCUUCUGGCAGCCUCACAGCUUUGGCGAGAUCCUCUUUGCUCUCGCCGGCGCUGCAGUUGUAUGUCUUUGGUCCUGCUUUAUUGCAGCCUUAGCCGUCCCAGGGCGCUCCAGAUGUUUGGGACUACAACUCCCAUCAGCCCCAGCCAACAUGUUAGAUGGGAGUUGUAGUCCAAAACAUCUGGAGGGCCCCAGGUUGACCAAGGCUGUUGUUGCCUCUGCUGGGCUCUGUUCAGAUGGAAGUACUUUGCAGGUCGGGACAGCGGCAUCCUGCAGUGGAUCUGAUAACGUUGCUCGAACCAGACUCCGACUGAGCGCAGGCAGAGAGCACGAUAGCAGGAAAUGAUAAAGCACAGGAAGUGUCAGGGGCCUGACUUAUUUUGCCAUACAGGAAAAAUGGACCCUUUCCUUGCUAACUGUAGUUUGCAAGAAAGUCCUUCUGCACACAGCGCGUGGUUAAACUGUGGAACUUGCUUCCGCAGGAGCCAGUCAUGGCCCCCGAUGUGGAUGGGUUUAAAAGAGGAUUGAACAAAUUCAUGGAGGGAGAGGGCUGCUGGCGGCUAUUAGUCACAAUGGCUAUGCUCUGCCACCACCGUCACAGGCAGCAAUGCUUCUGAAUCCCAGUUCCUGGAAACCACAGGAGGGGAGAGGGUUCUCUUAACUGAAUCCUGUUUGUGGUUGGCUACUGUGAGAACAGGAUGCUGGACUAGAUGGGCCCUCUUUGGCCUGAUCCAGCAGGCUCUUCUGGUGUUCUCAUGAACAUCAUGCACACCAGUGUUUUGCACCCUGGUUGCAUGCACACUGCAGUCUCUUUGCUCCCUAGUUUCCCAUCCUCCUCCUCCUUCCUGCCAACAACUUUAAGUCACUCCUGUCCUCAGGGCCUGUGUGUUUCCUCCCCCUAAACCCACCUCCCAUUUUUCUCAUUGGCCCUUUUUUCCUGAGGAACUUUCCUCAGUUUCUUGACUACCUACCCUUUAAGGCCCUUUUCCUAUGCAGCUUUCAAACCCUCACUCUUCCAUCCCACUGCAAAAGCAUAUCCCGCCCCACGCCGCUGCAGGCCUGGGGGCUUUGGAUGAAAUAAACUAGCCUUUUUGUUCUCAUUGUCACAGAAGCUGCAUUGUUUUGUAACUGUCUGUGUACCACUCAGAAGUUAGAAUAUUUGUGGGCAUUCUGUGACACUGCAGCUGCUCGGCCAAUGCAGGCCGAGAGCCGGAAAGCUGAAUGGGGAAAGUACCGGAAAUCAGAGGGCCCAAAGGAAAGGGGACAGGUGCAGUCUUCCAGGGAGGGCAUUCUGUGAACAGGGAACCACCACCAAGAAGUCCCUGUCAUGGAUCACAUCCAGCGGCGUCACCAACAGGUCUCCCCUCCCAACUGUAGGGGCCUGAAAUGAUCUUGGGAGAGGUGAGCUUUCAGUUGAAUAUUGUUCCUCCUUUUCCUCCCCCCACAACAAAAUAAUAAUCCUCUGUUCAGGUUUUCUCCAUCGUUGUCUUUGGCUCCAUCAUCAACGAGGGUUACGUGAACGAUGGCAGCAGUCCGGUGCUACGCUGUGUCUACAACAACAACGAUGACGCCUGCAACUAUGGAAUCGCCAUUGGCCUCAUUGCCUUCUUUGCCUGCAGUUUCUUCUUGGUAGUGGACCUCUACUUCCAGCAGAUCAGCAGCGUGAAGGACAGGAAACGUGUUGUCCUCUUUGACCUUGGCUUCUCAGGUAGGACCUGUGGGGUGGGAUUUGCUGAGGACAGUCUUCCCCAAUCUGAGUCCCUCCUCUAGAUGUCUUGGAGUACAACUCGCAGCAGUCCCCACCCAACACGGCCAUUUUGGACUGCAUCUCCUAUCAGCACUUGCCAGCCCAGUGGUUGAUUGCUUAUUUUUUAUUACUUAUUACUUGAUUCCUUAUUCCUUUAUUUGAUAUAUAUAUCCCUCCUUGCUCCAAGGAGCUGAAAGCAGUGUACAUUUUAUACUUGCUUGCAUUGCAAUUUUGCCUAAAACUCGCCUCUUUUGCAAAGCAGUUUCCCUUACUCUAAUGCAUUUCUGCAUGUUAUCUUCUCUAAAAUAAGCAUUUUGACGCGUGUUUUCCCCUAGUAUUUGACUCUUUGUGCCCAUCUCGUGGCUAGAGAACUGUAUUGCAACUGAAGUGGAUGGAUCCCGCUCGCUGUCUUGGCUUCCUCUUUAGCCGCGCGCAACCUCUCCCUGCCGGAGGGGUUGCGCGUGGCUAUCCGUGAAGCCUUUGGAGCACAGCGCAAGUUCCCGCUGCACUCCUCAGGCUUUGGGUUCCUUUUGCUGAAGCCAGGAGAACAAGACUCUCCUGGCUUCAGUGAAAGGAACCUGAAGCCUCCAGAACGCAGCAGGAACUCACACUGCGCUCUGAAAGCUUCAGGCGGCUAUCCCUGAAGCCUGGAGAGUGAGAGGGGUCGGUGCGCACCGACCCCUCUCGCUCUCCAGGCUUCAGCGAAAGCAACGCAAAGCCAAGGAAUGCAGAGGGAGUGCUCCCUCUGUGCUUUGGAGGCUUCGCAUUGCUAUCGCUGAAGCCAAGGAGCCUGUAUUCGCUCCAUAGGACGCACACACAUUUCCCCUUAAUUUUUGGAGGGGAAAAGUGCGUCCUAUAGAGCGAAAAAUACGGUAGGUUGGCAGGUCUCUAAAUGUGACGCAAAUCGAAUUUCUCCCCAUCUCUAGUUUUGGUCUGAAACAUCUGGAGGGCACCAGCUGUGGGAAGCACAAGGCAAGUCAACCCCCCCCGCCUCCCCCCCCCCCGCCCCCAAGAUUCGCUUGCAGGGGCAGCUGCAGCCUGAUUUUUAAGCUGCAGGUCCUUAAAAACUCCUCCUAACUGUGGUGGCAUCACAGUGCUGAAUCCACAGUACAGAGCCAGUUGUAGUGAAGGUGGAGCAUAUGCAGCCUGGUGCUCUUUAACUGACUCUGCUGUUCCUUAAAUCAAGCUUAAGUGUCGGUGUUUCCAACAGAGACGUCGCUUUGACAGCUAACUGUACCCAGGAGGGUGAUGCUGUAACGUACAAGUAAGGUAUUAUGAAAUGGCCAUACGCUUAUCACACCAUGGACGUCUCCAGCAGAGUAUUGUGUAAUCUGUUUGGAAGCAGCUUCCCGGUGGCUCAGGGAGAAAGGGGCAACAUUACUAACUAGGCAUGGGGGAGAAAUUCAAUUCAGUUCGCAUUUGAAGUACUGUGAAACACUCGUUCCUCAUUCGUAAGAAAUCCAUCAUUUAGUGAGGCAACACCCGAACUUUGGAACUCUUUGCCUAUUGUCAUCAAGCAUUAUACUCUUCUCGGCGCCUGUUAAAAGCCUUUUUGUUUCAGCAAGCCCAUCCAGGUAUAUAGAAGGCUGUCAAGUGUUUUUAGCUGGUUUUAGCUUAGUAUUUUUUGAAUGCUUUAAAUAGUUGUUUUUCUUUAUUUCACUUAUGAUAACAUUGUUCUUUUCAUAAACCACUUCAAUGUCUUUUUUUAAAAAAACACCAAUUGAGCACUAUGUAAGUUUUGGGAAAUAAAGAAAUAAAAAGACAAACCUACCUAAUUCUCAUUUCCUAAAACAAUAAACAGAAGCCCAGCCAUCCUUUGAAAUUCAUACUUCUCCAAAUUUUGCAGUGCAGUUCUCCUAAGUGUUGUGUACAAAAGUUGCUUGUACUAGAAAGUGUGCCUGAAAUGCAUAUGUUAGAGCAGAUAACAUGCAGAAAUGCAUUAUACUAGGGAAAGUUGCCCUGCAAACAAGUGGGUUUUAGGGGAAAUUGCACAUAAACAUGUGUAUAUGAGGAUACUUAAAUGCUGGAGGACUUCAGGGGAAACUGCAAAUGGAUAUGGAAAUGCGAAGAACUGAAGUUAAGGCUGGAAAAUUGAGAAACUGAAAUUGACAGAUUUGCCCAUUCCUAGCGCUGCCACCUGAUCCUUUCACAGGAAAUGGCCAGGAUUCGAGCAGGACAUCCAGCACGCAUUACCGCGGUGCUUUAGCCAACUUAUUUUUCCUUGGGGAGCUCCUAUGCCUUUUACAAAUUGCAUAACUUCCACGCUGCGGAAAGCUCCUUGCCCUGCAGCUGUUAAUUGCAAUAAUUUAUUGUUUGUAUGUCAAUCUGUGGUUGUGUACCCAGAGAAGCUUACAGCAUAAGGAUACAGGCAGCAUAACGGAAUCAUCAAAAUGCAAAUAAAAGGCACUGUGCUUGAAGACCCAGACAGGGAUGAUGAGAGCCUGGGGAGAGGUAGACCCGGUUUAAAUCUCUGCUCAGCCAUGAAGCUCAACCUUCUCCUUGUCCCUCAGCCUUACUUACUUACCUUACCUUACUUAGCUUUAGCUUACCUACCUCACAGGGUUGUUGUGAGGAAGGGAAGAACCGCGUAUGCUACCAAAGGUGGAUAUACAUGAACUAUAAUAAUGCUGCUUAACACUUGACAAGGUUCUGUGCCAAUGUGAGAGGGAGAGAACAGUGACUCUUGUUGCUCUGGUGGUACUGGGAUGACCUGAUGUGGUUUUUUUGCUUCCUCCCACCAGGGUUCUGGUCCUUCCUGUGGUUUGUGAGCUUCUGCUUCCUGGCCAACCAGUGGCAGAGGACGCCAUCGAGCAAAGAAGCACAUUACGCAGGUGAUGCAGCCAGGGCGGCCAUUGCCUUCUCGUUUUUCUCCAUCAUCUCCUGGGUAAGCUUUGGUGUCCAGUGGUGAUCCUGUGAUGUGUGGAAUACUAAUAAUAAUAAUAAUAAUAGUACUAGUGAUGAUAAUAAUAAUAAUAAUAAUAUUUUACAGUCAUACCUCAGGUUGAAGUAGCUUCGGGAUGAAUAUUUUCGGGUUGCGCUCCGCGGCGACCCGCACGUAACAGAGCGUGUUACUUCUGGGUUUCACCGCUCGUGCAUGCUCAGACGCUCAAAAUGACGUCAUGCGCAUGCACGGAAGCGGUGAAACGCAACCUACGCAUGCGCAGACUUGCAGUUGUGUCUUUCGUUUACUUCAGGAUGCAAACAGGGCUCCGGAACGGUUCCCGUUCGUAUCCAGAGGUACCACUAUAUUUUAUUUAUACCCAGCCACUCUGGGCGGCUCCCAACAGAGGACUAAAAACAGAAUAAAACUUCAAACAUUAAAAACUUCCCUAAACAGGGCUGCCUUCAGCUGUCUUCUAAAAGUCAGAUAGUUGUUUCUUUCCUUGACAUCUGAUGGGAGGGUGUUCUACAGGGCGGGCGCCACUACUGAGAAAGCCCUCUGCCUGGUUCUCUGAAGCUUUGCUUCUCGCAGUGAGGGAACCACCAGAAGACCUUCCGAGCUGGACCUCAGUGUCUGGGCUGAAUGAUGGAAGUGGAGACGCUCCUUCAGGUAUACUGCGCCGAGGCCAUUUAGGGCUUUCAAGGUCAGCACUAACACUUUGAAUUGUGCUUGGAAAUGUACUGGGAGCCAAUGUAGGUCUUUCAGGACUGGUGUAAUAUGGUCUCGGUGGCCACUCCCAGUCACCAAUCUGGCUGCUGUAGUUGUACUUGUAGUUUUAGGGUCACCUUCAAAAGUAGCCCCAUGUAGAGCACGUUGCAGUAGUCCAAGCGGGAGAUAACUAAAGCAUGCACUACUCUGGCCAGACAGUCUGCGGGCAGGUAGGGGUAUCAGCCUGUGUACCAGAUGGAGCUGGUAGACAGCUGCCUGGAACACAGAAUUGACCUGCAACUGCAUGGACAGCUGUGAGUCCAAAAUGACUCCCAGGCUGUGCACCUGGUCCUUCAGGGUCACAGUUACCCCAUUCAGGACCAGGGAGUCCCCCACACCUGCUCGUCCCCUGUCCCCCCUAAACAGUACUUCUGUCUUGUCAGGAUUCAACCUCAAUCUGUUAGCCACCAUCCAUCCUCCAACUGCCUCCAGGCACUCACACAGGACCUUCACCGCCUUCACUGGUUCUGUUUUGAAAGAGAGGUAGAGCUGGGUUUUCAUCUCCAUACUGAUGAACACCCAGCCCAAACCCCCUGAUGAUCUCUCCCAGUGGCUUCAUAUAGAUGUUAAAAAGCAUCAGGGAGAGGACGGAACCCUGAGACACCCCACGAGUGAGAGCCCCCAACACCACUUUCUGGACACGGCCCAGGAGGAAGGAGCGGAACCACUGUAUAACAGUGCCCCCAGCUCCCAGCCCCUCUAGACGGUCCAUAAGGAUGUCAUGGUCAAAGGCUGCUGAGAGAUCCAGCAGAACUAGGAAACAGGGCAGAACUAGGAAGCGCCCUGGACUGAAAGGGAGGGCCUACCUGGAGAUGCUGUCGGAAACCGAACCUGGGACCUCCUGCUUUUCCAAACAAAUGCUCUGCCGUGGAGUUAAGAACCAUCCCCUGGAAAUAAAUCAAGAUUCCAGUCCUCAUGGUUCUGAAUCUAGGGUUGAUUCAACUGGAAUGUCAGGAUCUACCUUGUAUGAUGUCAGACCAUUGGUCCUUCAAGCUCAGUAUUUAGAUGCCUGCAAUGACCAACAUCCGCUUUUCAGUCUCUCCCUGUCCUAUCCGGAAAUGCCAUUGGGGACUCUGCCAUUGAUCUAUGACAUAGGAACACAGGAAGCAGCCUUAUACUGAAUCAGACUACUGGUCCAUCUAGCGCAGGAAUGCCUACAAUGACUAGCAGCAGCUCUCCAGGGUUUCAGACCGGGAGUCUGUCCCAGCCCUGCCUGGAGAUUGUGGGGACUGAAUCAUAGAAUUGGAAAGGGACCCUGAAGAUCAUCCAGUACAACCUCCUGCAAUGCAGGAAUAUGCAGCUUUCCCAUAUGGAGAUUGAACCUGCGACCUUGGCAUUAUUAGCACCACACUCUAACCAACUGAGCUAUCCCGUGGGACGUUCUGCAUGCAGUGCAAAUGUUCAUCCGCUGAGCUAUAGCCAAUCCCCUUAAAUACAUAGUGACAGAGGAAGCAGUCUUAUGCUGAGUCAGAGCCUUCAUCCGUCUAGCUCAGGAUGGUCUGCAGCCCUUGGCUGGCAGUGGCUCUCCAAGGAGUCAGGCAGAAAGUGCUCCAGUCCUGAGGCAUCUGGUUGCCCACUAUAAGAACAAGAUGCUGGACUAGAUGGUCCAUUGGCCCAAUUCAAUUGCAAGACUCUCCUUACGUUCUUAGACUAUUGGUCCAUCUACUGUAGCUCAGUACUUCCCACACUGACUGGCAGCAGCUCUCUAGGGUUUCAGACCUGGGGAUCCUACCCUCGGAUCUGAGAAUAGAACCUGGGACCUUCUGCAUGCAAGGCCCUACUCACUGAACUAUAGAGCCUAGGAAGCCAGACUUUUGGUCCAUCCAGCUCAGUAGUGCCCACACUGACUGGCAGUGGCUCUUCAAGGUUUCAGGCUGGAAACAUUCCCAGCCCUACCUGGAGAUGCCAGGGGUUAAACGUGGGACCUUCUGCAUGCAAAGUCGAUUUUCUAUCACUGAGCUAUGCAAAAUAGCCCCAUGAACAGGCAUAAGAUUGUCCUUUUAGCUGCUCAGUAGACGCUGGAGAAGCCCCAGAAGUCUCUGUCCUCCUCUAUGUUACAGCUUUUCAGGGAUCUGAAGAAGGUGACCAUCUCCCCCUCCCUCCAUCAGCCAAUCCUCUCUUCUCCAGGCCAAGCAGACAUGGGUCACAUCCAUACCAGACAUUCAAGCACUUUCAAAAUGCAUGGCUUCCUAUGUCCUAAAAUGUGUCGGAUUCCACAGGAGGUGCCAAAUGCGGCGCAGGAGUCCGUGUUUUGAUCCGAUGUGGCAUGUGGCCUUUCAAGAUCCUCUUCCCGCUUUUGCCUGCCUUUUCAAGCCACUCCAAGGGGGUGUUGACAGUUAACAGCAAACGCUCUCGGAUUUGUUCCCCUUUCAUACUGUCAGGAGCUGCUAAGGGAGAUGUUAACAGAAUGCUCUGAUCUGAAGGGAAGCAUUGCAGCAUUUGUGUCUCGCACGGUUUGCAUUUUAAACAUGCAUCCUUUCAAAAAGAAAAAAAGAAAAAGAUGGGGAACAUUUUUGGCAAAGGAGGCAUGGAAGAGUGACCUGAGGAACUCGAAAGGCUUCAUCCUUCCAGUCUGCUCUGUGCUAGACCCCACCUUGCAAAUUACACGAUGGGAUUCUGCCUUCCUGGUUAUGCAGAGCCUCCUAGAUACAUCACACUGUCCAUGUUGUGUCAGUAUUUGCCUAAAACUGGUGUGUGGGGAGAACCUUGGGCCCUCCAGAUGUUGCUGAGCUACAACUCCCAUCAUCUCUGACCCUUGGUCAUACCAAGUAGGGCUGAUGGGAGUUGCUGUAGUUGGCUAUGCUUUGCCUCCAUUUUCAGAGGCAGUCACUGUGAGAUCACAGGAUGAUGCACUAAAGGGGCCAUUGGCCUGAUCCAGCAGGCUCUUAGGUCCUUACGUAGUUUGGCGACAUCCAGAGGGCCAGAGUUUCUCCACAUCUGGCCCAAAUGUUAUAUCUGGGUUGGUUUGUUUUUGUCAGCAGCAGCAACAACUACUUGUAUAAACAAGUUGUAUACCACCCUUUAUCCAUAGAUCUCACAGCGGUUCACAACAUAACUGACUAUUUGAGUUUGAAAAGCUUGUGUUGCUGGAUCAAGUUUGUCAGUUUUGUUGAAUUAAUGAAACUAAAUAAUUUUACAGUGGUACCUCGGCUUACAUACGCUUCAAGUUACAUACGCUUUAGGUUACAGACUCCGCUAGCCCAGAAAUAGUGCUUCAGGUUAAGAACUUUGCUUCAGGAUGAGAACAGAAAUCGUGCUCUGGCGGCGUGGCGGCAGCAGGAGACCUCAUUGGCUAAAGUGGUGCUUCAGGUUAAGAACAGUUUCAAGUUAAGAACAGACCUCCGGAAUGAAUUAAGUACUUAACCCGAGGUACCACUGUAAUUGGAUUUUGAAUAGAUGUGCGCUCGCUACUGUUUUUGAACUUUAUUGUGUCCUUAGUGGGUUGUGCAAACCACCAAUCCGAGCAACCCUUUUUUUAUUACAGGGUUGGGGGUUACCGGGGAUGAGUUGAGGGAACGUUUUGGGAGCGGCUGACCUAAACCUUUGUCUUCCCCGCAAAAGGUUGCCCUGGCCCUCAAGGCGCUCCAAAGAUACCGGCUGGGAACCGACAUGUCCCUGUUCGCCACGGACCAGUUCCCCACCGACCCCAGCGCGGCCUACCCAGGCUACCCCACCGGCAGCGGCGUGGAGAGCACAGAAACCUACCAGAGCCCCCCCUUCUCGGAGACCCUAGACACCAGUCCAAAGGGCUACCAGAUGCCGGCAUAUUGAAGGGCAGGAGGAAGUCCUCUCCCUCCCUCAAGGUUGUAUAGCAAAUGGGAACCCGACCCAGAGAAAUGGGGCAACUUUCCCUUUCAUGGUGCAGUAUAGUCAACUGGUUGGUUGCAAGUGUAUUCUAAAGUACCUUUUCUUUUUUAAAAACAAAAAAAUUAAUGUGGCAAGUUAACGUAACUGGGUUCAACUUACUCUUAGCUAAUGGUGCAGUGAAUUCUCUACAGUGGUAUUGGUUCUUGUCUUACCUGUCUGAGGAUAUUUUUUGAAUUUUAUUUUUUAAAAAACAACAGUGUUCCCUCUAAGCAUGAAACGUUAGGAUGGUUGCUACCAACUGCCAUCUUUGUGAGCCAUCCCUGUGAUCUUGGCUCAUUGUGGCAUUUUUUUCCUGAAUUCGCACACAGAAGCUGGCAAUAGCCCAGCCUGUUAAGAGACGUCCCACUCCUUACACAGAUAAGUAGAUGCUUUAUUUUGUGCUUCCGGGGCUUAAUCCAGAAAAUUGCUCCCACUGUCUUCAUCCUAGGAACCUUCCAGAUCAUCCUCUCCUAUUUUUUUAUUCCCUUGCUCUACAGCCCUAGAAAAAAGGUAGUUUUAAAGCAGCCUUCUUGCCCUCCAGUUGUUUUGGAUUCCAACUCUCAAUAUCCCCAGUGGGAGCUGAUGGGCGUCCAAAACAUCUGGAGGGAACCCAGUUGGGGAAGACUGUUUUCAAAAGGAAUGUGCCAAAUUUAAAACCAAAAAUAAUGGUUGUGUUGAUUUCAUUUGUGUGUGUGUUUGUUAUGUACUUGGCAUAUUUCCUGUGCUAAAUGAGUGAAAAACCCUUCUGUAUUAGCUGUGUUAGCUUUGCGAUUCUGGUACCGCAGGAAGUUUUUUUCUUUCUUUUCCAAAUGGCUUUGAUGCAAGAAUCAUUUUUGUACACCUUUUACACAAAAAUUACUGCUCUGGGGUGAGGGUGGGGAAACAGUCACACUGUCAGGCCAUCAGCCUUUAAGAGUCUCCUAGCAGUGGGGAUAUGUAGCAUUCAGUAGCUCAGCUGUCGUCUAAAAAUAGGGCUUGCUAACUGCUAGGGUCCUCAUCGUAUCCUCAUGAGGAGUGUGAUCCAGCCCACCAAUUCUGCCUCUGCCUCAGAGAUGGGGGACACACGUCAAGCAGUCUGGAAAAAGAUGGAAGCGAAAAGGAAGAAAUAUGUCUGUUGAGGGAAUAGCAGCAGGAGUGGAGGUUUCUUGUGACAGGCCAUUUUCGACAUGGCCUCAAGAUGGCAUCCAUUAAUUGGUUUUUCUUAAUAAAAAUUCCACCGCUAUCAGUAUGCGGCCAUUUUGCCAGCCCCUUCAGUACCAAAAAUUAUCCACGCCAUCCCUUUAAAAUGGUUGUGUCUGGUAGAGGCCAUUUUUUUUUUGAACACAGAGUGGAAUAAUGUGCAUCACAGUAUUUGUUGGGAAUAGCUCCAGCCUUACUCUGUAAAGAAAGUUUGGGCAAAAAGUUUCACUGUGGCAGACAAGAGAAAACGAAAAGACAGUUGGAUGUCGGAAACCAGAGAGAAAAGGCUAAAUUCCCAUGAAGAUGUAGUAAUGCUUAAGGGUUAAGAGAGUGGGCUUAAAUGAAAUUUAAACUAUGAGAAGAUGGGUAAGUGAACUGAAAUAAAACGACGCUGCCUUUUAAAGUGAUUUCAGCAGCAAGAUGUAAAUUAUUUUAUAUUAAGGCGGAUCCCGAUAAUCUGCCAUUCUCAUUCAGCUGUAACUCUGGAGAAAUUUGAUCUCUGAAAUUCCACCAUGAAGAUAGGGCCUCAAUCCAGUAAGAGAGAGCUGCAUGUGCAAGGAAGCUUUCGUGGACAUAUGCCCUUAACAGUUUGAUACACAAUAUUUCCGUGAAGGUGGCCAAAUUGGCUGGAACUAAGAGUGUCCCAUUUCAGUCUUUCAGAUUUUACAAUGGAAGGCCAUCAGUCUUGUGGACAAAGACCUAUAUAGGGUUUACACUGAUACAGAGAAUGGUAUUGAUACAGGGUACACACAGAACUGUAGCAAUAUUUUCCUUAGAGAGAACACUGGCAUUUUAGCAGUAUACAAAAUUGUGUCUAAAUAUUUUUUCGGGGGGAGGGAGGGCAGACAAACACACACGCGCGCGCGCGCGCACACACACACACACACACACACACACAGAGAAAGUCACAAAAGUAUAAUACAUUUAAAUGUUUCUUUAAAUCGAUUGUAUAUGUGAAAUAAAUGUCUGUUCAGUAAAGUGUAUUUUUUCUAACUAUAAAGAAAUUCAUUCAGAGUAUCCUUGUAUUAAUUGUAAAGAGAAAGAAAGCGAUUACGUUCUGUCUGACUAGUAGAACUGCCUUGGUCAGUAGUGUUAAUGUGUUAUAUAUUACAAUUUUGAAUGUAUGCACCUCAAUGCCUACAUCUGUAUUCUCUUCCUUUCCAACCCAUUCCUAACCUCCCCACAAUUAGCACUGCGGUUUAUACAAAGCUGUGUCAUUCAGACAGGACUAAGGCCAAGUGCAAGAGACUUCGGGGCCAUUGAUGGAAAAGCCAGAAUACUCCCCCCCCCACCCCGCCUUCUCCUGUAUUUGGGAAGCUCUGGGUAACAUACAGGCCCAGCAUCACUGUGGAGUCGAUUCUUCAGAAACCUUAAUUCCCAUUGCAGUCUGGCUGAGUUGUAGUUCAGAACACCUGGAGGGCGCCAGCUUGGAGAAGGCUAACUUAAGGCCCCAGCCACUGUCAUGCUGGGGCUGAUGAGGGUUAUUGUCCAACAGCUUCUGCAGGGCCAUUACUUCCACAACUCUGCUUUAGGUUAAAGACAAAUGCCAACCUUCUUCACCCAGCACAUAGUUAAACUAUAGAACUUCCUUCCACAGGAGGCAGUGAUGGCCAUCCACCAACUUGGAUGGCUUUUAAAAGAUUGGACAAUUUCACGGAGGAGAGGGCUAUCAAUGGCUCUUAGCCACGAUGGCUAAGCUCUGCCUUCAUGGUUGGAGACCUCAAUGCUUCUGAAUGGCCGUUGCUGGAAACUGUAGGAGGGGAGAGCUGCCGCCGUUGUGCUCAGGUCCUGCUUGUAGGGUUCCCAGAAGAGGCAUCUGGUUGGCUACUGUGAGAAGAGGCUGCAGGGUGCUGGACUAGGUGGGCCAUUGGCCUAAUCCAGCAGGCUCUUCUGAUGUUUGCAUGUUCACCUGCAUACUUUGGAAAAAGGUGUGCAGAAGUCGGCAGGAUGAAGCUCAGGCUGCAUCUGAAAGCUGAUUUGGAGUUCUCAGUUUGGAGUGGCAAAGGUACUUGCUGUUUGGGCCAACAGGAAGGACUCUUGAGGGGACUGGCAUUUGGGGCAAAUUUAGAUAAUCUACAAGCUUAUCUUUUUUGGGGGGGGAGGGAUAGAUGAGCAGGAAAAUAAUAUAUACUUGGCUAAAGUUAUAUAUUGGCCAGUCAGUCCUUUUUUAUAUUGUGUGGGCAAACUAUCCAAGCCGACAAGUAAUAGAUGAAUGAGCUGAUUUCACCUGCUUUUGCCAGGAAAAAUAUUGCUGGCAAGUUGUGGAUCUCCUUUGAAUUCUUUUGCCACUACUGUAAUCCUAAAACAUAUUCUCUCCCCACACCCUGCUUGUAAAAAGGUGUAGCAGCUACUUAAAUUUAUCCCCUGAAUGCAAAUGGUGCUUCUCUUGUAACUGUAGCUCUGACUUCCUCAGCCUGGAUGUUUUGGGAUGACACAUUCCAUUUGCACCAACCAGGACAGCCUCUGCUUUAAAGGCAGUACUAGGUAGAUGAUGGGGUAGGCAAACAUGUCGAUACCUUGCAAGAGAUCAGGUGGCAUGCAUGCAUCUAUCGCUGAUUGCAGUUGUUGGUGCCCAAGCCCAGCACCCAAGUGGUCUUCCUGCCCGGCAUUGUAAGGGGGAAAUAGUUGCCACAAGCCAGUAGAGAAAGCUGUGGGCCCCCUAAAUGGGUGGUGAAAACGGCAUCCACUUGGUGAAUUGGUUAGCAAGGAUCUGUCGAAUCAAGGUGAGGCUCACAAACUGCACAUCCAGAAAUAACUUGCUUUGUUUCCUACCACUGGAGAAAAGGCAGGGAGCUGACUAGUUGGGUGUGACUGGGCUUCAAAAUCCUUAAAUCUUUCAAUUAUUAUGCUGAACCUUUGUGUAGGUUUGCCAAGUUAAGUAAACCAGCCAAUGAGACUUUGGCCUGUUGCCACCACUCUGCAAUUAAAGUAAAAAGCCACUGCCGGAGGCGUUAAAAGCAUUCGUUCUCCUUGUUUCCAUGUGCUCCUAUCAGCACUCAGCCAAUGUUUUGCGACUCAAGCCAUGUAACAGGGACUCAUCAGAGGAACUGUGUACACAGAGCUCUAACCAAAAUACAUUCUUACAGAUUACAUGGUAGAUAAUGAGUAGGAGCUGUUGGUAAGUUGUCCUGUUAGUUCCCCCUGCCCCAUUCCUGUUUUUCUUGAGAUCAGUGCUCAGUGUUCAUCUCCCAUCCAUCUUUCUGCCAGAGACCAUUAACCCACGGCUUAAAGUGGGGGGGGGAGCACUUUCACAAAGGGGUGUGGAGCUGGUCAAACCCCAUCAGUCCUCGGCACCUGUGCUGCUUUUGUGAUGCUCAUCCAGGCAUUGAAAAUGUGUCAAAAUAACUUUCUGCUUUGCCAAAAGGGGUUGUUUGCAACUUGGGAAUGCCUGUCUUGCCCUGCCAUCAGUGCUCUUCGUGCACAACAGUUCAGGGUAUGGAAAAGCUGCCUCUUAUCUCAACGGGACCACAAACUCACAUGGCUGGGGUGAAGGUGCCACAGCUUGCUUCUGGCACUCAGGGCAAAUCACAGCUCAGAGUUUACCCUGAAGAGGAAAUUGCCAGUAGCCUCCACCCAGAGCAACUAAAAGCCUUGACCAGAGCCAUUGCGACAACCAUCUGUUUUAAAAAGCAGUCAGGAUUAUUUGUCAAACAAACACCUUGUGGUGAAAGCUGACUUUUGACACCCAGGCUGUAUUUUCAGGGCCCACCCUAUUCCUGUGACUGCCAUUUCUUUUUAACUGUUGUUAAUACUGAAUUUUAACUUGUUGCACUGCUGGUGAAGUGCAGGAAAUACAUUUAAUGACAUGCCAGCCACACUGCACACAGGCAAAGAAAGCAGGCUUUGGGAACGGGUUCCAUGCUUUAUGGGAAAUGCCUGCUAAGUGCAAUUAGAGGAAGGCUGGCUGACCUCAUCCUCCUCUGAAAUCCAGAUAGAGCCAGAGCUCUGGUCCUGACUGCUGCAAGCCCAACAUGCAGUUGCUUCAGGCUAUACUCACAGUUGGUUGAUUGACUGAUUUCGUUUGUAGUCCGCCUUUUUCUCCAAGGAGCUCAAGUUGGCAUACAUAGCUCUCCCCCUCCUCAAUUAAUGCCAACAAUGCUGAGAGGUAGGUUAGGUUGAGAAGCAGUGAUUGGCCCAAGGUCGCCCAGUGAGCUGUGUAACUGAUUGGUGAUUUGAACCCUGGCCUCUCAUAUCUUAGUGUGCCAAUCUAACCACUACACCACACUGGCUUUGCAGUCACCUGGUUGAGCAUCCUGCAACCUGCAUGCUAGAGCAAAAUAAGAUUAACAUGCCCCAAGUUUCUAAUUAUGCCGGGAGCAGAAAGUUGUCACGCUUGGUUGCGGCCGCAGAAAACCAUCUCACGUCUUCUAAACCAUGCUUGUCAAGAUGAGCGCAGCAACCUUUUCCAUCAUAUUCUUAAGGAAAUAAUCAUGGUGUGGCCUAACCCAGUUCUGUCCUUUCUCCUGUGGGGCUGUCAGAAGCCUUACUACAGUCUCACAGACACCGUUUUCCCUUCCAUGAGGAAACGCCAUCACCUAAUCCUCCAAGUGCUACACAGAAUGGCAAAGUUGAUCACUUAAUGUUUGCCAAGUCUUUAUGCUGCAGGAGUAGAAACAGGUUAACUCUCACCAGGCUAACUCCAGCUACCUAUAAGCCCUUUGCUCCUUCCAUUCCAAUACAGAGCAUCUUUAUGAAAACCCCUUCGCCUCUUUUGACGUCCUGCAAUAUACAGGCAGGGGAAACUCAUUUUGCUCAAAGGUUCACUCAUUUGCCUUUAAUAGACUGUGUAGAGGCUACCACAGAGACAGACAGAGAAAGCCUUUCAGGGUGAGCAAGGCCCAAUAAUACCUUUUUAGUACAGAGAGAGAGAGAGAAGGAAGCCUCCCUUUCAUUUUGCUGCAAGUAUGCAGUUCGACCUCACAUUGUUUUCAUCGUUUUUAAUAGGAUACCAAACAUACAGAUACCUCCCUUAAAAAGCAGACUGCUUCAAACACACAACAAAAAGUUGCAGUUGUUAGUGACCCAACGUGCACUGUGGUAGAAAAGUGAACUGUGUGAACAUAGGGGCUUUCAAUGUUUAUAGUUCUAUUUUUGUCUGUAUAUAUAACGAUAGAUAGAUAUAACAUUUUGGAAAGACAAAGCAUCACUCUGUGACUGUGUUAUUUUAAUUGUCUGUAUACCAACUGCAACUUAUUUUUCAAUAAACAUUU